AUGGCAUUCGCGCUUUUACCAUCCCAACGUGCAUUCUUCGUUUCCUUAAGACAACCAGCCAAGACCCUGUGGUAUGACCGUCUACGGUAUGUGUUUCUUGAGUUCUGCGUGGAAGACAGCAAAGAUGUAAAAGUGGACCUUGAUGAUUACAAGGUGAUAUUCAGUUGUAAGAAUACCGAUGGCAUUGAAAUGUACAAUGAGAUUCACUUUUAUGCCCGGGUGAAUUCCAAGGAUUCUCAAAAUAAGCGCUCAGGCAGGUCCAUCACACUCUUUGCACGCAAGUGGAAGGAAAAAGUGCCCUGGCCACGUCUCACCAAAGAAGAUUUCAAGCCAGCAUGGCUCUCUGUGGACUUCGAUAACUGGCGAGAUUGGGAAGGAGAUGAGGAGGUAGAAGCAGCCAUGGCUGAACAAUAUGCAGAGCUCAUGCAAAAGGUCACCAAGAAAGGUCCACCCCCAGCUAUGGAUGAUCUUGAUUUUUCCACUCAGGUGGUCUCCUGCUGCCCUGCAGAAUUAUCUACAGAAAUUGGUGGGAAGAAGACAAUUUUACAAGGUUUUCAUGUCAUCCUGGAAGACACUAUUCUUUUCCCAGAGGGUGGAGGGCAGCCUGAUGACCGGGGACUUAUUAAUGACAUCCCUGUUCUCAGAGUCACCCGACAAGGCCCAGAUGCUUUACACUUCAUCCAGACACCACUUGAGCCAGGAACUAAAGUACAGCUGGUGCUGGACUGGGACCGGCGGUUUGACCACAUGCAGCAGCAUUCAGGACAACAUCUCAUCACAGCACUUGCAGAUCUGAUGUUUGGAUACAAGACAACAUCGUGGGAGCUGGGCCGUCAGCGAAGCACUAUUGAGCUAGAUACCUCUUCAGUGACAGUAGAUCAGGUGGCAGUUCUUGAGCAGAGUGUGAAUGAAAAAAUUCGAGCCCGAAUCCCUGUGGUGGUGCGAGAGUUUGCUGUGGGCGAUCCUGAAGUUGAGAUGGUAAGGAGCCGUGGCUUGCCAGAUGACCACACUGGGCCAGUUCGGAUAAUAAGCUUUGAAAGUAUUGAUGCCAAUAUGUGUUGUGGCACACAUGUCUCCAAUCUCAGUGACCUGCAGGUCAUUAAGCUCUUGGGUACGGAAAAGGGGAAAAAGAACAAAACCAACUUAGUUUUCCUUGCUGGUAAUCGGGUGCUGAAGAGUCUGGAUCGAAGCCAUGCCACUGAAAAGGCCAUGACAUCACUGCUUAAGAAUGGUCCUGAAGAGCAUGUGGAAGCUGUGAAAAGGCUGCAGAGCUCUCUGAAGCUGCUUCAGAAGAACAAUGUGAAUCUGCUAAGAGAUUUAGCUGUUCUUACUGCACAAAACUUCAAAAUCUCAGCUCAGCAGCCAGUGUUUGUCUUACACAGGAAAGAUGGUGAUUCUGAGUUCAUGAAUAUAAUUGCAAAUGAAAUUGGCUCUGGGGAAACCCUCCUUUUCUUAUCUGUGGGAGAUGAAAAGGCAGCUGGGCUUUUUCUGCUGGCAGGGCCUUCAGAAGCAGUGGAGAAACUAGGCCCCAGAGUUGCUGAACUACUGGAAGGAAAAGGAGCAGGGAAGCAUGGACGCUACCAGGGCAAAGCUACACGGAUGAGCCAACGACCAGAAGUAGAAGCUCUUCUUCUGGCAUUUGCCAGCAAACAGAACUCAGAACAAUGACUGGACAUCAGGACCAAUGGUGCAAUUAGGGAAGGGGGGAAAGAUUCAGCCGUACUGUUCCUUAAGGACUGUUUAAUAAUAUAAUAAUCUCCCUCCUUUGUUUCUUGAGCAUGCCAGUACCAGCAGAAAAAAAUUAUCAGUGGUCUAAUACUGCAGAGAGAGCUAGUACUAGAUAUGAAAGAGGUAAAGUGUCUAAGAGGGAGCUGUGGGUUGUGAAACAAGCAUGCCUGGAAGCCUUGUUAUCUCUGUAGGAAGCAGCUGUAGGAAGUCAUAAACCAAGCAUUUUUUUUGGUACAGAGAAGAAGAAUUGCAUGUGUCAGAGAUGUGUCAUGAUGCAUGUCCCAUACUGUUACUGUAUCCCAAAUUAAACACUGCAAGAGUUA